CGUUCUCGCCACAGCCACCAGCCUUCGCCGCCGCCCGGCCGCCCGCACACCACCGCACACCGCUUCACGGCGCGGCGCCCCUGCUCCCCACUGCCCUCACCUGCGGGCCGCGCUGAUCCCCGUCGCUUGGCCCUUCCCCGUCCCUCGUUAGGCUGCGAGGGAGAGGCGGCAGCGCGGCGGGGUGUCCCGGCGGUGAAUGCCUUUCCCCCCGUCGGGUCCGGCUCAGGCUCUCCGUCGCUUUCCCUCUCGUCCCCUCUCCCCUCGGGCGGCGGCCCCCGGCUCUCCCCCGCCGCCAUGAGCAUCAACGGCGGCUCGCACCCGCGGAUCAAUACCUUGGGCCGGAUGGCGCGGGCCGAGUCCGGCACCGACCUGCGCUACGAGAUGAGCUCCCAUGUGGUGGGGAGCGGUGGCGGUGGCGGCGGCGGUACCCACACCCACAAGACCUACUAUUACCAGAAGACCUACGGGGGGGAGUACGGCUCCGACGGAUACGGUCAGAAUGGAACCUGUACAGUGUCCAGACGCCAGAACACCAUCCAGGAGCUUUUGCAAAAUUGUUCGGAUUGCCUGAUGCGAGCUGAGCUCAUAGUACAACCCGAAUUGAAAUAUGGGGAUGGUGUCCAGAUUAGAGGGAACAGAGAUCUGGAAGAUUGUUUUGCACAGGCAAAUGAUCAAAUGGAUAUCCUGGAUGGGCUGAUCAGAGAGAUGAGGCAGAUGGGCCAGCCCUGUGACAUGUAUCAGAAAAGACUGCUUCAACUUCAAGAGCAAAUGCGUGCCCUGUACAAAGCCAUCAGUGUUCCCCGUGCCAGGAGGGCCAGCUCCAAAGGUGGUGGUUGCUACUCCUCUCAGAGUGGCUCAGGCUGGGAUGAGUACACGAAACGUGUCACAAGUGAAUGUUUAAACUGGAUGAGGCAGCAGAAGGCUGAAAUGGAGCUAGUGAAAUGGGGGUUUGAUGCAGCAUCCAUCGAACAACAAAUUGGUGACCACAGGAGAACUCACAAUGCCAUUGGAGACUAUCGCUGGCACCUGGACAAAGUCAAAACAGAUCUGCGGGAGAAGGCGGCAGUUCAUCAACUGGAGGAAGAAUACGAAGGACUGCUGAAAUACUCCUUUGAGAGAAUGGAUCAGCUCCGUCAAUUCCAGAACCUCAUCCAAGCCACCAGCAGAGAGAUCAUGUGGAUCAAUGACUGUGAGGAAGAGGAGCUUCUCUACGACUGGAGUGACAGAAACACUGACAUCUCCAGGAAGCAGGAGGCCUUCUCUAAACGCAUGAGUGAACUGGAGCUUAAAGAAAAAGAACUCAAUAAGUUGAAGCAAGAAAGCGACCAGCUAGUACUCAACCAGCACCCUGCUUCAGACAAAAUCGAGGCCUACAUGGAUACAUUACAAACUCAGUGGAGCUGGAUUCUUCAAAUCACCAAAUGCAUUGAUGUUCACCUGAAAGAGAAUGCAGCUUACUUUCAGUUCUUUGAAGAGGCCCAAUCCACGGAGUGCUACUUGAAAAACUUGCAGGAUUCCAUCAGAAAGAAGUUCAUCUGUGAUAAGAGCAUGUCACUACAGUCUUUGCUGGAGCAGAUCAAAGAGCUGGAGAAUGAACGAGAGAGAAUUCUUGAAUACAAGAGGCAAGUGCAGAGUUUGGUGAAUAAAUCCAAGAAGAUUGUGCAGCUGAAGCCACGUAACCCAGACUACCGGAGUAACAAGCCCAUUAUCCUCAAAGCUCUUUGUGACUACAAACAGGAUCUGAAAACAGUGCGCAAAGGAGAUGAAUGUAUCCUGAAGGACAAUAAUGAGCGCAGCAAGUGGCUGGUGACUGGCCCUGGAGGAGUGGAUAUGCUGGUGCCAUCUGUUAGUCUUAUCAUCCCACCCCCGAAUCCAUUAGCAGUGGAUCUUGCUACCAAAAUUGAGCAGUACUAUGAAGCUAUUUUAGCUUUGUGGAACCAACUGUAUAUCAACAUGAAGAGCCUGGUGUCUUGGCAUUACUGCAUGAUCGACAUUGAGAAGAUCAGAGCGAUGACUAUUGCUAAGCUGAAAACAAUGCGUAAGGAAGACUACCAGAAAAUAAUAACUGACCUGGAGAUCCAUUAUCAAGAAUUCCUCAGGAACAGCCAAGGCUCAGAGAUGUUUGGUGAUGAAGACAAACGAAAGAUUCAAACUCAGUUCACUGAUGCUCAGAAGCACUACCAAACAUUGAUUAUACAACUGCCCAAUCAACCACGGCAGUCACAAACAGUGAUCCCAACUGAGAGCUGUCCUGUGGGUUCCUCAAGCACCAUUAUUGUUAAUGAGAGAAAUCGAGAACAUGAGAAGCAGGAGGCCUGGUUGCUGAUGGAGCUUCAGAAACUUCGGCGUCAGAUAGAAGCUUCUGAGGUUCAGAUGGUUCAAAGAGCUCCGCUUGGAGUGGAUCAAGGGGCUAUGCAUGACUUUACAGUCAGAAUAAAGGAUUUAGAGGGUGUACAGAAUGACUCUCAAAUAAUGGCUGAAACCCUCAAUAAGCAUAAGGACUUGCUGCCUAAUUUCAGAGGCUGUGAAAAGUAUGUGUACUUGCAGUCAGAGAUAAACGCCCUAUUUCAAAAACUGGAAAAUAUUAAUGGUGUUUCUGCUGGCUACUUAGACAGCUUGAAUGCACUGAGAUGUCUGCUCCAGGUUAUUCUACAAACAGAAGAUGUGAUCAGAGUUUAUGAAGUCAGACUCUCUGAAGAGGAAACUGUUCCUUUGGAUCUUGAUAAAGUAGAGGCUUACCGGGCUUGUCUGAAGAAAAUGAAGGCAGACCUAAACAUGAAGAAGUCACUACUGACUGCCCUGGAAAAUGAGCUGCAGAGAACACUUCAGAUUCACUCACAGUCUUGCCAGUCAUACACCCUGUAUGACAUGGACAUUGGAAAGUUCUGUGACAAAGUUACCCAGCUAAUAGACCGCUGGCAGAGAGUUGACAAGCAGAUAGACAACAGAUCAUGGGAUUUAGAAAGACAGAUCAAACAGCUAAAAACUUACCGAGAUCUCUACCAGGCGCUGUGCAAAUGGAUCUGUGAUGCCAAGCGCAGGCAGGAUGCUAUUGAGGGCAUGAAGCUUUGUGAUUGUAACGCUAUCAUGAGAUACCUACAUGAUCAGAAGAACUUGCACAGUGAAAUCUGUGGGAAGCGAGACAAAGUUGAGGAACUUCUCAAGCACGCAGACCAAUGUUCAGCUGCAAUUAAGGAUUAUGAACUACAGGUUGCUUCCUACAGUUCUGGAUUAGAAACAUUGCUCAACAUUCCUAUCAAGAAGAGCGUUGUUCAGUCUCCUGCAGUGCUGAUUGUGCAAGAGGCUAAUGAGGCUCAGUCUCGCUACAUAGAGCUUCUUACAAGAUCAGGAGAUUAUUACAGAUUCUUAAGUGAAAUGUUAAAGAGUAUGGAGGACUUGAAGAUGAAAAACACCAAAAUCGAACUCCUGGAAGAAGAACUCAGGCUUGCCAGGGAUUCAAACUCAGAGACAAACAACAAACAUAAAUUCCUAGAGCAAAAUCUGCAAAAGUAUCAGAUGGAUAUUUCUCAGCUCAAGGCAAAGCUGAUGAGUUUGGAGGAGAUGAAAAGACAAGCUGAAAUGGAUGGAAAUUCUGCUAAGCAAAAUCUGGACAAAUGUUAUGCCCAAAUAAAGGAUCUAAAUGACAGAAUAACCAGGCUGACUUAUGAGAUUGAAGAUGAGAAAAGGAAAAGGAAGUUGUUGGAGGAUAGAUAUGAGCAGCAGAAGAAUGACUAUGACCAGCUGCAGAAAACAAGGCAAAACGAGAAAGACAGCCUUGGUUGGCAAAAGUUAGAGUCUGAGAAGGUCAUCAAGGAGAAGGAGUACGAGAUAGAAAGAUUAAGGGUUCUUCUUCAGGACGAAGGCACACGGAAGAGGGAGUAUGAAAAUGAGCUGGCUAAGGUAAGAAACCAGUUUAGCGAGGAGAUGAGUAAUUUAAAGAACAAGUAUGAAACAGAAAUUAAUAUUAAGAAGACCACAAUCCAGCAGAUAGCUGCACAGAAAGAUGAUGAUGCAAAAGGCCUCAGAGCUCAGGUUGACAGACUGACAAGAGAAAACAGAGACCUUAAGGAUGAGAUUGUGAGGCUGAAUGAUGCCAUUCUGCAAACCACAGAUCAACGGAGGAGGGCAGAAGAAGAUGCUCUUCAGCAAAAGGCUUGCAGUUCUGAGGUGUCACAGCAAAAGCAUCAGUUAGAGCUGGAGCUGAAACAGAUCAUUCAGCUCCGUGGUGAAGACAACUCAAGAUACAAGCAGGCUCUUGAGGAGGCUGCCUCAACUAUUCAGGAUAAAACUAAGGAGCUGGAAAGGCUAAAGGUUCAGCUUCAGGAAGAGGCUAAAAGCCGAUGGGAACUUGAAAAUGAAUUGGCUAAGGUAAGGAACAGUUAUGAUGAGGAAAUUAUUAGUUUAAAGAACAAAUAUGAAACUGAAAUUAAUAUCACAAAGACCACAAUUCACCAGGUCACCAUGCAAAAGGAAGAGGACACAAAUAAUUAUAGAACACAGCUUGAUAAUGCCAUGAGAGAAAAUAGGAAUUUGUGUGAGGAAAUUAGGAGACUGAAGAAUACAAUAAGCCAGACAACAGAUAAUCUACGGAAAAUAGAAGAGAAUGCUCAGCAGCAGAAGGCAGCUGGCUCAGAGCUUUCUCAGAAGAAACAGCAGCUGGAGAUUGAGCUAAAACAAGUUAUUCAGAGGCACUCUGAUGAAAGCAUGCGGUACAAACAAUCACUUGAUGAUGCUUCUAAGACCAUUAAGGAAAGAAACAAAGAGAUUGAAAGGCUGAGAAAGUUGUUGGAUGUAGAAACAAGUCAGAGAAAAGAAGUAGAGGAUGAGAACAGUCAGUUAAAAAGAGUGCAGUUUGACCUGCAGAAAGCAAACACAAGUGCUACUGAGACAAUUAACAAGCUAAGGAUCCAAGAGCAGGAACUGGCCAGACUGAAAAUUGACUAUGAAAGAGUUUCGCAAGAGAAAAAAGGCAGGGAUCAAGAAAGUGCAAAGUUCCAGAGCACUGUGAAAGACCUGCAGAUCCAAAAACAUAAGCUGGAGGAGGAACUUUGCAGGCAGAAUAAAAACCUAAUGGAGGAGACAUCCAGGAGGAAGAAACUGGAGGAGGAAAUAGAAGGCAUGAGGAGAUCUCUCAGAGAGCAAUCGGUUAAAAUAACUAAUCUCACACAGCAGAUAGAGGAAGUGUCUAUUGUAAAGAAGAGGAAUGAAGAUGACCUUAGACACCAAAGAGAAGUGUUAGACGGUCAUGUGAGAGAGAAACAGAGAUACAUGGAGGAGAUAAGAAAGUACACAUCUGAUAUUGAGACAAUGCGGCGUCAGUUGGUCCAAGAACAGGAGCAAUUAAAACAGGCUCACCUACGAUAUGAGCACUUGCAGAAAACCUCUGAGGAAAAAAGCAAAAACUUGAAUGAGUGCAAAAUAGAAAUCGAAAGGCUUCAGUCUCUCACUGAGAACCUAACCAAGGAACACUUGUUACUGGAGGAAGAGCUGCGAAAUAUUAGAUUGGAAUACGAUGAUCUCAGAAUGGUCAGAAGUGAAGUUGAUGAGAAAAAUACUGCCAUUGCUGAACUAAAGAAUCAGCUUCAGAUGAGCAGCAAGCAAACCCUGGAGCUUCAGGGGUUGAUUAAUGAUUUACAGAAAGAAAGGGAAAAAUUGAGACAGGAAAUUGAAAAAUUCCAAAAGCAAGCUCUAGAGGCAUCGAAUAGGAUCCAAGAAUCCAAAAAUCAGUAUAGUCACAUUAUGCAAGAAAGAGAAACCUUGCUGAUAAAAAUGAGUGCUUUGGAGCAAGACAAAGCUAGGCUGCAGAGAUUAGAAGAGGAGCUGAACCGUUUGAAAGUUACCUUGGAAUCAGAGUCUCGUUUGAAGCAACGUCUGGAAAGCGAGAAGCAGCAAAUACUGAAUGAUCUCAAUCAGUGGAAGAGCCAGCACUCCCGGACAGAGGAAUCCAUAAGGAAGAUCCAGUGUGAGAGAGAGAAGAGUGAGAGAGAGAAGAACACACUGAGGACUGAGAUUGAAAGGCUUCAGAUGGAGAUCAAGCGGAUUGAGGAGAGAUACCGGUGCAGACUAGAAGAGACUGCUGUUAAAAACCAGUCAGAGUUGGAGUCUGAGCGUCUUAGAAUGCAGAGAGAGAUUGAGAAACUCAAGCAACGCCCAUAUGGGUCCCACAGAUCUACACAGACUGAGGAAGACUUCUGUAUUGAUGCUUCCAAGUUGCUGUUCUGUGGGUUGCGGAAGAAGAUUACAGCAAUGCAGCUGUAUGAGUGUCAGCUGAUAGACAAACUCACGCUGGAUAAACUGCUGAAGGGACAGAGGUCAGUGGAAGAAGUUGCGGCUGACAUUGAACCCUACCUCAAAGGGGCAGGUGCUAUUGCAGGGGUGUCUCUUUCUCCCAGGCAGAAGUAUUCUUUUGUUGAGGCCAAGCGGAAUCAGUUGCUUACAGCAGAAAAUGCAGUCCUGCUCUUAGAAGCCCAGGCAGCAACAGGGGGUGUGAUAGACCCGCACCGAAAUGAGAUAUUAACUGUGGACAGUGCUAUUGCCAGAGAUCUGAUCGACUUUGAUGACAGAGAGCAAAUCUAUACAGCAGAAAAAGCUAUUACAGGAUUUAAAGAUCCUUUCUCGGGCAAGACUGUGCCAGUGUCUGAAGCCAUCAAGAAAAACUUGGUUGAUAGAGAAACUGGUAUUCGUCUGCUUGAAGCCCAGCUGGCUGUAGGAGGGAUUGUUGAUCCUGUCAACAGUGUUUUCCUACCCAAAGAUAUAGCUUUAUCUCGUGGCUUGAUUGACAAAGACCUGUACAGGAUGCUAAACAACUGCCAAGGCACUACAAAGAACUUCAUUGAUCCCACCACCAAAAAGGCAGUCACUUACAUGCAGCUGAAGGAAAAAUGUAGAAUUGAACCACACACUGGUCUGCUCCUUCUCCCAGUGCAGAAGAGGAGUAUGUCAUUCCAAGGGAUCAGGCAGCCUGUCUCAGCUGAUGCACUGCUCGAGGCUGGAAUUAUUAAGGAAUCAACAAGGAAUGACUUGGAAAGAGGUGCAAUCACAGUGGAAGAAGUGAGUGAGAGAAUUAUUGAUUUCCUUCAGGGCUCUAGCUGUAUUGCAGGUAUCUACAAUGAGGCUACUAAAGAGAAACUUGGCAUUUACCAGGCUAUGAAAAUAGGUUUGGUUAGACCAGGGACAGCCCUUGAACUCCUGGAAGCCCAGGCAGCCACAGGGUUCAUAGUGGAUCCUGUCAGCAAUGUGAGACUGCCUGUUGAGGAAGCUUACAAAAGAGGCCUUGUAGGAAUUGAAUUUAAAGAGAAACUUCUCUCUGCUGAAAGAGCUGUCACUGGGUACAAAGACCCAGAAACCGGAAACAUCAUUUCUCUGUUUCAAGCAAUGAACAAAGAGCUCAUAGAGAGAGGCCAUGGUAUUCGUCUGCUGGAGGCCCAGAUUGCUACCGGAGGAAUCAUUGACCCCAAAGAGAGCUAUCGCUUGCCGGUAGAGACGGCCUACAAGCGUGGCUACUUCAAUGAAGAGCUCAACCAGAUCCUUAGUGAUCCAAGUGAUGACACCAAAGGGUUCUUUGACCCCAACACAGAGGAGAACUUGACCUACUUGCAACUGAAGGAAAGAUGCAUAAAGGAUGAAGCAACAGGGCUCUGCCUUCUGCCCCUGAGAGAGAAGAAGAAAGUGGUGCACACCUCGCAGAAGAACACCCUUAGGAAGCGCCGGGUUGUCAUUGUAGAUCCAGAAACAAACAGGGAAAUGUCUGUUCAGGAGGCAUACAGCAAAGGCCUCAUAGAUUAUGAUACCUAUACAGAACUAGCUGAACAGGAGUGUGAAUGGGAAGAAAUAACUAUUACAGGAUCAGAUGGUAGCAGUAGAGUAGUCCUCGUUGACCGAAAAACAGGUAGCCAGUAUGACAUUCAAGAUGCUAUUGAUAAAGGUCUGGUUGAGAGGAAGUUUUUUGACCAGUACCGUUCUGGCAGCUUAAGUCUGACACAGUUUGCAGACAUGAUUUCCUGCCGUAAUGGCACUGAUGAGGUGUUCCGGCAUGAAUCAGUGACCCGGUCUCCCACAGUGCUGAGUGUCAGGAGUUCUUCGUCGCUGAUCAGGAGCGGUUCUUUCUCAGACACCCCAGAAGAGUGCAGUCCUAUUGCAGCCAUAUUUGACACAGAAAACCUGGAGAAAAUCUCCAUUUCAGAAGCUAUACAGCGGGGCAUCGUGGAUAGCAUCACUGGGCAACGGUUACUUGAAGCCCAGGCUUGUACAGGGGGCAUAAUAUGUCCUACCACAGGCCAGAGGCUUUCACUUCAGGAAGCCACCAGUCAAGGCAUCAUUGAUCAGGAUAUGGCCACACGUCUCAAACCAGCUCAGAAAGCUUUCAUAGGGUUUGAAGGCAUAAAGGGUGGGCGCAAAAGGAUGUCAGCAGCUGAAGCAGUGAAGGAAAAAUGGUUGCCUUAUGAGGCUGGGCAGCGGUUCCUUGAAUUCCAGUACCUCACUGGAGGUCUUGUGGACCCAGAAGUGCGUGGAAGAAUAACUACGGAAGAAGCCAUUAGGAAUGGAUUGAUUGAUGGUCGUGCUUCCCAGAAAUUGCAAGACACGAACAGCUAUCCCAAAAUUCUGACCUGCCCCAAGACCAAACUGAAAAUAUCCUACAAAGAUGCAAUGAAUCGAUCAAUGGUGGAAGACAUCACUGGGCUUAAACUCUUGGAAGCAGCCUCCGUUUCAUCUAAAGGCAUAUCCAGUCCCUACAAUGUCUCCUCAGCACCUGGUUCCCGCUCUGGCUCUCGCUCUGGCUCACGUUCAGGCUCACGCAGUGGGUCUAGGAGGGGAAGUUUUGAUGCAUCAGCAUGCUCUUCAUAUUCUUACUCAUAUUCAGCCUUCAGCAGUGGGUCUAUUGGGCGCUAAUAACAAGUGAGGGGAUGUGUCUGCAUUUGAAUAUUAUUUAGUUAUACUUUCCUAAAAAAAAAAGCAAAAACCAGCACCGAAGUAAGCGAAAGCAAAACACUUCAGUCUUUUCUGUGUGUUCAGCUUCUUUUCUGACAAAGCUGUAAAAUGCUUGAAAAAUUAUGAAAUAUAGAUUAGUUGCUGCAAAAAAUUGUCUUUGUGAAUUUUUAGUUUCAGUUCCCAUUUCCUUUUAGUGUUUGGCUUUUAUUUGGUGUCUGUAUGUUUUAAAUACUCUGUCAUGUACCUUCUGUUAUCUCUGUCAACCCAUAAGCUGAUGACUGAGGCUUGAAAGUCUUGCAGUAGUUCAUUUUUUUCCACAUAGACUUUUUUCAAUUUGCUAUUCUGAAGAAAAACAAUAUAAACAAUAUGGACAGACAAUGCAUUUAAUAUUGGUUUAGAAUCUAUAUUAUAAACAUGAAAAGCUCUGUCUUCCAGAUGCUCUACUUCUCUAGGGUUGGUUAGCCAUUUUCUUAAGUAUAACUUGGUGGAUAUAAAGGGCUAUUGUUAGGCUGGGCUUUUGUUUUACUGUUACCCAUAUAUAUUUUCUACUGUUUUGCUUGAUUUCCAUGUAAUGGGGGAGAAAAAAAAGUAAAUCUAAAUGCACCAUGUGAGCUAUUCUGGGCAAUAAACUUUUGAAGUUUUAAAGUA